ACUUCUUCUGUUUGUAUAUUGAAAAUUUAUCAUUGCCUUUUCUCCAUAAAUGAGAGACACACUAAACAAAUUAGCCAAACGAGCUAGAAGCUUAGCUAAUACAGAGAUAGAAAGAGGAAGAGAAAAUAUGGGUGUAAAAGCUAUUUUAGAAGAUAUUUUGCCAUGCACAGCCAUGGUUUUAAUAGAAAUUUGCACUAUUUUCUUGACAAUUAUGGCGAGUACAACCAUGUCAAGAUUAGGGAUGAGCUCUUUUGUUUUUGUGGUUUACACCAACGCUCUUAGCUCUAUCAUUCUUCUUCCUUAUUCAUUUCUCUACCAUAGAAGAGACAAGAUACAAGCGCCAUUGUUUACUUUUCCCCUACUUCUUCAUGUAUCCCUCCUUGGUUUUGUAGGGGUAACAAUAGCUCAGAAUCUUGCAUUUGCGGGACUAAGUUACAGUUCACCAAUAGUAGCAUGUGGCAUGGCCAACCAGAUACCAGCCUUUACUUUUAUUCUCGCCAUAUUCCUCAGGAAAAUAAAAGUUGAUUUGAAGAGCCAAGGAAGCCAAGCUAGAAUAAUUGGAAGCCUAAUAUCAAUAAUGGGGGCAUUAUCAAUUACUUAUUACAAAGGUCCUGUGGUGAAGCAAUACUCCCCAUUUUUCCUUCAGCUAGCCAGGCCACGCCUCCUUGCUGUAUUCACUUCAACACAUGAGAACUGGCUUCUUGGCUGCUUUUUAUUUGCAGCUGCUUCAUUUGCUCUUUGCAUUUGGAAUAUUAUUCAGGCUGGAACUAUGAGAAAGCACCCACAGGUGAUGAAAAUAGUGUUUCUCUAUACUUUAUUUGGGACGAUCCAAUCUGCAAUACUUGCUCUACUUAUGGAAAAAGAUUUGAGAGUAUGGAGACUUGAGCUUAACAUGGAACUUCUUGUUAUUGUUUUAACUGCUAUUUUCGGCAGUUUAAUACGUAGCAGUGUACAAAUGUGGUGCAUGCGUUUGAAAGGAGCUUCUUUUCCUCUAUUCUUCAAGCCAGUGGGAGUGCCAACAGCUAGCACUUGUGGCUGUUUACUUUUUGCCGAAACCUUUCACUAUGGAAGGCAAGUUUUAUCGUCUUUUUUUCCCCUAAGAUUUGAGUUAUAUAUUGACGGUGUAAAAAAUAAUAAAUUUCAGACUAUUACUAUAAUUUAACUUGGUAUAUAUAACAUUUGAGUUACCAUUUAUUUAGAUUAUCAAUAUCGAAUGCUUAUUAUAUAGAGUUGGUUGCAAUU